GUUCAAUUAUCCUAAAUUUCAACUGUGACCGAAGGACUCUCGUCGUCGUCCGAGACGGCGACCACGCCACCUUCACCAUGGCCUCCCAGAUCGCUUCAUCGCACUCGAUUUCUAACACCGCAUCCUCCACGUCUUUAUCGCCCAGUCUCGCCAAUCUCAACGCCCUAUCCUCUCCAAAGCCUGCUCAGCAGCGGCGCAUGACAGUUUCGGCCCUACCACCUCCAACAUCAUUGAAUUUGCCCGAACCUGUCUAUGGACAUCCGGGGCAUGCCCCAGCAUCACCCCGGCGACCACCAUCGCCCCUUCGUAAUGAAUUCACCCACAGAAGAUCGUCAAAUGAAAGCCAUUCCGGAGAUGAUUAUGAUGACGAAGAUGAAGAUGAAGACCAAGAUAUCACGUGGCCACGCAGCCGUUCCCCUACUUCCACCUCAGUCACUCAGUUCGCUGCAAACCUCGCAAACCGUGUUAAUUCCUUCAUCAGUCCUUCGAUAACAGGCAGACCUCUCCCGUCUGAUGAAGAAUUAGAAGCUGAAGCUCAGAGAGAGCGCGACAGAAGUCGACGAGAAGCCGAACGUAUACUCACACGAGAAGCAGAAGAAAGGCGAGCCAUGGAGGAACGUCUCCUCUCUAUGAUGAAUAGUUCUCCACAAUCACUCCCCCCUCCUCGAAGUAGGUCACAGACGUUGCCAAAUCCUCCAUCUCCUGCGCACUCUCAGAAGGACAGUAGCCCCAGUUGGUGGACAGCCGCCAAAGCACGCUUGACUCCUACAAAAGACAAAGAACAACUCACACCAGCCCAGCAAGUCAUAGAAGAAACUAAGGCUCGUGAAAAGGAAAUGAAGAGUGUUAAAGGAAAGGACAACGAAUGGCCUGCCUGUUCUGCCAGUAAAUACACCAACCCCGCUUAUCUCAACUUGAAGAUACCCCCAGGUGGCCCUCCCCCUCGCACGUCGUCUCCUACCUCCCCGACUCCAAUUCGAACAUCUGUCAACCUGUCUCCUGCGCGUGUCACACAAAUUCCUAUAAAUCUCUCACCCGCCUCGAUUCAGAGAGGGACCUCUCCAGGCGGUUCGCCCGCACGUGAACCACCUCCACUUUACGCCUCGUUCACACCCUCAGGUACUCUGGAUAUACCAGGUACACUGCUAUUAAUUGCGAAGCGUUUCGAGAAGCUUGAGAGAUGGAGCGUCACCCACGUGCGUGCACUCGAAGAACGCAUGGGUGAUGUCGAGCGCUGGCUGGUCGAUAAGGAAAAUCAAUGGGGAAAAGAGGGGCAGUCUUCCAACAACGACAAACUCUCUCCGAAAUUUGAAUUGACUGCUAUUCAAGGAGACGUAACUGAGCUACAGUCACGCGUGUCGGAGCUUGGCCGAGAGAUGGCUCGCCUUGCGACAUCACCUGCCGUUCUCUCUUCUAACAGCGCCAUCCGUAGCUCCCCAGUCAUGAGCACUACUCCUCCGAUGGAGUCGUCUAUGGUCAGCCCUCGUGAAUCCACCUUUUCUAGCGCAGCGGAUACCACAAUCUCUGAAUUCUCAUCCUCCAAUACUGCUUCGGCUCUAGAAAAUAUUUGUAGUUUCUCCACUCCCCGCCGAGUACCGUCCCUUACAGCUCGCGAGUCGACGAGUCCACCCCUCGCUCGGGUAUCUACCCGUCAUGCACCGUCAGCGAGCAGGACACGUCUUCCAUAUCCAACGGGCGACUACACCAGCCCGGGAGAACUAAUAUCCCCACCUCACACUCCAGCCAGUUCGCCUCCACCACCGGCACGUCCUGCCUCGAUGGUAAUUUCCGGGUUACCAGCUUUGUCCAGUCCGCUGGAACUUCCCGCCGCAAAUACUCCGCCUGUCCGCGCACCAUCUCCUAGUCUGAGUGGCUUGCCAGCUCCCAGCAUGCACAGCCCCCAUCGAGGCAGCGUGAGUCCUUCGCCUAUGCAAGCAGGGCGUAAGCGAUACACUGUCGCCCUUGGUGGACCCAUCGUAGCGCCCCCUGAAGUCGAACUUGACUACGGGAGCGAACGUUCGGGCCUUGGCACGGCGUCUUUUUCCUCUACAACAGAGAGCAGUGACGACGACGACGAAGAUUACCAAAAUGCCAUAGACGAGACGUUAGGGAAGAAAUCUGCGUUCCGUGCGAUGACUGCUGCCAAACUCGGUAGCGGUGAUUUAGCGAGCACUGCACCUGCUAACAACAGCCCGGGUAACCGUACGCGCGCGCAGUCCACAUAUAGUGGGUCCUCGAAUCCAUUGCAGAGUAACCAAGCGGUGUCUGCGCAGUCAACGCACCGUUUCCGAUCGCAGUCCAUUGACUUCCGGUCAGAUAGCACUUUUGGUGGCGAUCAAGCCAAUAAAUUUGUAGAUCCACUUGUUCUACGACGGGAGAAGACAGGGAAGGGUAAAGAGAAGCCUCUGGUGAGGCCAGGAAAGAAGGUUCCUGUAGGACAGCUCGUUGCGUUCUUCGAUUCGGAACGUCGUUGAGUGUGUAUGCUGUAUCUUUGCGAUAAUGUUUGGGUUUCACGAUUUCAUCUCACGACCUUCUAAAUUUACAUGCUGACUUGAUCUCAGAUUUAUUUCAUGACCAUAUACCACACAGUAAUGGUUGGUUUUCGUUCGUGUAUCUUUGAUUGUUGCUAUCAUUGCUUUUCAGCUAAAGGCUUCCUGCUAUUACAGAAAGAUAUUACAUGUGUGCUUGCUUCGUUAGUACGAUGCCUUAUCCUCGUGUUGUCACGCAUAAUAGCUGUUCGUCGUAACCGAACGUAGUAUUUUGGGACCAGGUUGUGGGUGUGGGCAAGAGUAUGUGCACCGCAAUACCAUGAUGUCUUCACGCUGUAAGCAAAGAAGGUUUCAAUGGCACAUGGACGAAGUAAUGAUUCAAGAAA